AUGGGGAUACGAUGCAGCAAAACUCCCCCGCCAGUGUUGAACCAGAGAAAUGGUGAUUACAUGUAUGACUACGAGGGUGGGGACAUCGGUGACCUCCCCGUCGACCUCUCCGUGGUAUGGAAUGGGAACUUCGUCAUUGACAACCCCUCCAACAUUCAAGACCCCACCGUCCUGAGGAUUCGACCGGACUGGAGCAUUGCCAGUGGUGGCACUCUACUGACAGUGAGCGGGACCAACCUUGCAACCAUCCGAGAACCAAAAAUCAGGGCCAAGUAUGGGCAGGCAGAAUCCUUUCAUAACUGUACGGUGUAUAAUAACUCUGUCAUGGUGUGCCUGGCUCCGUCGGUAGCUGAUUCUGAGCUGGGCUUCUCCGACUCCGGCACAGGCCCGGAUGAGAUCGGCUUCUACAUGGACAACGUGAAUGCUCUGGUGGUGGUCAACGAGACGUUCAGCUACUACCCCGACCCCGUGUUCGAACCGCUCAGCCCCUCAGGGAUACUGGAGCUCAAACCAACGUCGCCGCUCAUUCUCAAGGGUCGAAACCUGAUCCCCUCGGCUCCGGGGAACAGUCGCCUGAACUACACGGUGCUGAUCGGAGAGACUCCCUGCAUCCUCACCCUGUCUGAGAGCCAGCUGCUGUGUGAGUGGCCCAACCUCACCGGACAACACAAAGUCACGAUCCGUGCUGGAGGGUUCGAGUACUCCCCCGGGACUCUUCACAUCUACUCGGACAGCUUGCUGACACUUCCUGCCAUAAUCGGCAUCGGAGGGGGGGGCGGCCUGCUUCUGCUGGUCAUCAUCGCUGUGCUGAUCGCCUACAAGAGGAAGUCGAGGGACGCCGACCGCACAUUGAAACGUCUGCAGCUCCAGAUGGACAACCUGGAGUCCAGAGUGGCUCUGGAGUGUAAAGAAGCUUUUGCCGAGCUCCAGACAGACAUCCAUGAGCUGACCCAGGAGCUAGACGGAGCUGGGAUCCCCUUCCUGGACUAUCGGACUUAUGCCAUGAGGGUCCUGUUCCCAGGCAUCGAGGACCACCCUGUGCUCAAGGAGAUGGAGGUCCAGGCCAAUGUUGAGAAGGCUCUGACGCUGUUUGGCCAGCUGCUGACCAAGAAGCACUUCCUGUUGACGUUCAUACGAACCCUGGAGGCACAGAGAUCAUUUUCCAUGAGGGACCGCGGCAAUGUGGCGUCCCUGAUCAUGACGGCGCUGCAGGGGGAGAUGGAGUACGCCACUGGGGUGCUGAAGCAGCUGCUGUCCGACCUUAUCGACAGGAACCUGGAGAGCAAGAACCAUCCCAAGCUGCUGCUCAGGAGAACGGAGUCAGUGGCUGAGAAGAUGCUGACCAACUGGUUUACCUUCCUCUUGUAUAAGUUCCUCAAGGAGUGUGCCGGGGAGCCUCUGUUCAUGCUUUACUGUGCCAUCAAGCAGCAGAUGGAGAAGGGCCCCAUCGACGCCAUCACAGGAGAGGCCCGCUACUCCCUCAGCGAGGAUAAGCUCAUCAGACAACAGCUCGACUACAAAACACUGACGCUGCACUGUGUGAACCCAGAGAAUGAGAACGCCCAAGAGGUGACGGUCAAGUGUCUGAACUGCGACACCAUCACUCAGGUCAAGGAGAAGCUGCUCGAUGCGGUGUACAAAGGCAGCCCCGACUCACAGAGGCCCAAAGCCUCUGAUAUGGACCUGGAAUGGCGCCAAGGUCGGAUGGCCAGAAUCAUUCUGCAAGAUGAAGAUGUCACCACUAAAAUCGACAAUGACUGGAAACGACUCAACACUCUGGCUCACUAUCAGGUUACAGACGGCUCACUGAUCGCCCUGGUGCCAAAGCAGAACUCUGCCUAUAACAUCUCCAACUCCUCCACCUUCACCAAGAGCCUCAGCAGAUAUGAGAGUAUGCUGAGGACAGCCAGCAGUCCAGACAGCCUGCGAUCCCGAACCCCCAUGAUCACUCCUGACCUGGAGAGUGGAACCAAAUUGUGGCAUCUGGUGAAGAACCACGACCACUCGGACCAGAGGGAGGGGGACCGAGGCAGCAAGAUGGUGUCUGAGAUCUACCUGACCAGGCUGCUAGCUACAAAAGGCACGCUGCAGAAGUUUGUGGACGACCUGUUUGAGACCAUCUUCAGCACGGCACACAGAGGCAGCGCUCUGCCGCUGGCCAUCAAGUACAUGUUCGACUUCCUGGACGAGCAGGCCGACAAACACUCCAUCACAGACUGCGAUGUACGGCAUACCUGGAAGAGCAACUGUCUUCCUCUGCGGUUCUGGGUGAACGUCAUCAAGAACCCUCAGUUUGUAUUCGACAUCCACAAGAACAGUAUCACGGACGCUUGCCUGUCUGUGGUGGCCCAGACUUUCAUGGACUCCUGUUCGACGUCAGAACACAAGCUGGGAAAAGACUCUCCUUCAAAUAAGCUUCUCUACGCUAAAGACAUCCCCAACUACAAGAACUGGGUGGAAAGGUAUUACUCGGAUAUCUCCCGCAUGCCAGUCAUCAGUGAUCAGGACAUGAGUGCCUACCUGGCAGAGCAGUCCCGCCUGCACGUCAGCCAGUUCAACAGUAUGUCGGCGCUGCACGAAAUCUACUCCUACAUUAUCAAAUACAAAGACGAGAUCCUGUCGGAGUUACAAAAGGACGAGCAGUCGCGCAGACAGCGGCUACGCGGCAAGCUGGAACAGGUCAUUGACACCAUGGCGCUGGCUAGCUGAGGACCGGCCAAUAGCAUGCCUCGGCUAGGGGAGAACUGGCCUACCAACACGCCUUCCCUGACAACCUUGUGACAUUUUUUAAACCUCUACAUUUGAAGUCUGUCGUCAUCACGCUCACAAACAACGACAGCAGGAAAAGACUGCAUGGACGCCAGCAGCAGCACACUGGAGAGACAGCAGAAUUGGGAACUAAGGGUUGCCUUUUUUUUUUUUUCUGAGCCCCGAACAACCAAAUCAAGCGCACCCGCAGUGGAUAUGGACCUCAGCUCAGGAGAGCGCUUAUUUUCAUCAUGGCCCCCAUCACAUUUAGAGUCCUACGGGUGCAGCAAUUGGGCACUUUGGCCCCAAUCGGGACCGGAACAGGCACAUUGGUGACCAAAAACUCAACGAGCUGGAUAUAAAACUAAAAAGCUAUGGGAAAGCCAGUAGCUCUCCACAGCUUAAAGCUACGGUUCAGACUGAGAACCAAUCAAAAUCCAGGAUAUAUAAAGCUGCCGCGACUGCAGAGCAACCAGAAAGAAUUACUUUGCAGGGAAACUUCCUCCAGUACGGACUCUCCAACCCUCUAUCCACAGGAAAUCCACUGAAGUCUAACAAAGAACAUUUUCAGUUUCAUAACUCUGCAUUUGAUUCCCCCUCCCCAACUGCCUAUUCUCCCCAGUGCUGUGCCACUUGUGUUACUGCUGAAUUUGCACAACAAAGCUAAAUCAAAAGAGAGAAGA